GUGGUACAGUCAGAGAGCUUGAAUUAACAAAUGGACAGUAAAAGGGUCCAUGCGCCUUUACCUGACCUUCCUACUCAAGGAAAAAAUGAUAAUGAAGAUGAGGAAAAGGUUUUUGGGAAUAUUUUUGCAGAACUGGAAUCUGUGGAUCUUCCACUGGGAACCACAAUGAGAUCAAUCUACGAUGACCAGCCUAAUGCCCACGUACGCUUCAUGGAAAAGCUGGAUGCCAGGAUAAGAAAUCAUGACCGUGAGAUUGAGAAGAUGUGCAAUUUCCACCACCAAGGCUUUGUGGAUGCUAUCACAGAGCUCCUCAAAGUCCGCAAUGAUGCAGAGAAACUUAUGGGCCAAGUGACGGACACGAAUCGAAGACUACAAGAAGCUGGGAGAGAGGUGACGGCUCAAUCCGGGGAGGUGAUUCGCUGCCGCAUCCAGCAGAGGAACAUGGCCACAACUGUGGAGAAACUCCAGCUCUGUAUCCCAGUGCUCGAAAUGUACAGCAAACUUAAGGAGCAGCUGGAUUCCAAAAGACACUAUGCUGCACUGAAAACCAUGGAACAACUGGAGAAGAUCUACAUCCCUCGAGUCCGCCAGUAUAGGUUCUGUCAAAUCAUGGCUGAAAACCUGCCCAGACUGAGGGAGGAGAUAAAGGAGAUCUCCAUGUCUGACCUCAAGGACUUCCUGGAGAGCAUAAGAAAACACUCGGACAAAGUUGGAGAGACCGCCAUGAGACAGGCGCAACAACACAGAACCUUUAACAGUGCGGUAGCAAAGCAGGCCAGCGUGGGACACUACACUAAGCCUUUGUACUCCCUCAAUGGUCAAACACACACGCACAACAGUCUCCAGAUUGACGAUGACGCAGAAGAUGAGGAUGACGCUGAUGAGGAGAUUCUUGCAGCUCAGGAUCUUGUGGACUUUUCACCUGUGUACAGGUGUUUACACAUUUACGCUGUGCUGGGAGAUCGAGAAACAUUUGAGAGUUAUUAUAGGAAACAGAGGAAAAAACAGGCCAGGCUAGUUCUGCAGCCUCAGGCAAACAUGCAUGAAACAGUGGAGGGCUACAGAAGAUACUUCAAUCAGAUAGUAGGGUUCUUUGUUGUGGAGGACCACAUUCUCCAUGCCACUCAAGGGUUGGUGACCAAAGCUUUCACUGACGAACUGUGGAAUAUGGCCCUAUCGAAGAUCAUCGCUGUGCUCCGCACACAUUCGUCAUAUUGUGAGGAUCCAGACCUGGUCCUGGAGCUGAAGAACCUCAUCGUCAUAUUUGCGGACACGCUACAGGGUUUUGGUUUCUCUGUGAAUCGACUAUUUGACCUGCUGUUUGAAGUCCGAGACCAGUACAAUGAAACUCUUCUGAAGAAGUGGACGCUGGUAUUCAGGGAGAUCUUCGAAUUGGACAACUAUAGUCCCAUACCAGUGGAAACAGAAGAUGAGUAUAAACUGGUCGUCGGUCGCUUCCCAUUUCACGAUGCCGAGAUAGAAAAGCAGGAUUUCCCCAAGAAGCUGCCAAUGUCCCAGUCUGUGCCCCAGAUAUAUAUGCAAGUCAAAGAAUUUAUUUACGCCAGCCUCAAGUUCUCUGAAUCCCUUCACCGCAGUUCAACGGAGAUUGACGAUAUGUUGCGGAAAUCAACUAACCUGCUGCUGACAAGGACACUCAGCAGUUGUCUGCAAAACCUCAUCAAGAAGCCACAUAUAGGGCUGACUGAGUUGGUGCAGAUCAUCAUCAAUACCACCCACCUGGAGCAGGCCUGUCGGUAUCUUGAGGAAUUUAUAACAAAUAUCACCAAUGUCUCUCCUGAAACGGUCCACACGACAAGACUCUAUGGCUUGUCUACGUUCAAGGAUGCCCGUCAUGCUGCAGAAGGAGAAAUCUAUACCAAACUGAACCAGAAAAUUGAUGAGUUUAUCCAACUGGCAGAUUAUGAAUGGAGUAUGGCUGAGUCUGAUGGUCGGGCCUCAGGUUAUCUGAUGGACCUUAUCAAUUUCCUACGAUCCACAUUUCAAGUCUUCACACACCUCCCGAAUAACAACAAUGACCAUGCAUCGAUGUCGGGAAAAGUGGCCCAGACAGCUUGUAUGUCAGCCUGCAAGCAUCUGUCCACAUCACUGAUGCAGAUGCUCCUGGACACAGAACUGAAGCAAAUCAGCAUGGGCGCCGUUCAGCAAUUCAACUUGGAUGUUAUUCAGUGUGAAUUGUUUGCCAGCUCAGAGCCAGUCCCGGGCUUCCAAGGAGACACACUGCAACUGGCUUUUAUCGACUUAAGACAGCUCCUGGAUCUCUUCAUGGUGUGGGACUGGUCAACGUACCUGGCAGAUUAUGGUCAGCCGACUUCCAAAUACCUUCGAGUAAACCCAGCCACAGCCCUGACUUUACUUGAGAAAGUUUAUAGAGGGAUGAAGGACACCAGUAAGAAGAACAAUAUCUUUUCUCAGUUCAGGAAGAACGACAGAGACAAACAAAAACUGAUCGAGACGGUGGUCAAACAGCUAAGGAGCCUGGUCAAUGGCAUGUCCUCCUAGGAUCACGUACAGGUACCCAAACUGCCAAGACCCAGUCAGGCUUUGAACCAAUGAAUGAAGUGAGGAAUAUCCAAGCACAUCAUUUGAAUACACAGGGCCUGAUUUACAUCAUGUUUGCACACAUUUGAUUGCUCACACUGAUCUAAUGGACCUAGCAUUGUGUCUGCCGAUCACACAAAAUUGCAUCACGGUUCUUUUUUUGCGCGUUCUGGGAGGAUUCUUUGGAGGGAUGACGAUUCAGCCGGCGAUAGGCAAAUGGAUGAAUUCAGCAUCAGGACCUACCAUCCCAGAGCGGUUUUCCAUCAAUUCAAUUUGACGCUAUGCAUCAGAGCUACAGGAAGAGCGGAAGAGUAACUCACCCUCCCGCCACCAGACUGUAACAUUUUAAAAUGGCACUCAAAGGAGGACGAUUGGGCUUGCAAGAUUAGACACAGGCUACUGUACAAAGUGAAUAGACUCCUAAUAGUGUAUAAACAAAAUGACAUGACUCAAUACUCCACCCAAAUAUCAUGCAGAUUACCAGGAUCCAUUUAUUUGGAGAGUAUUGCUGCUAUAAUAACAAUACAAACGUGUUUAUUUUUCAUAUUUAAUAUACAAGGGUGAAAUGAUCAUUACUCCGGAAAAAGUGAGUGGGACAAUGAUGUUCAUUGGGAAAGUGUGCUCUCUUGCUCACAAAAUAGAAAAUGUUGAUUGAUUGCAAAGCUCAUAAACAUGGAUUAGAAGAAUGUGAUAAGAAGAAUGUUCAGUUUUUAAUGUCAAUUAUGUACAAAAAAAUGGACGAUGAUGUUUUGAGUGACAGAUGUUCAUUUUUAAAAAAUUGCCUUUUUUUCAUAACUAUUUAUUGCUGCCAAAUUUAGGUUUUUCUGUUUGAUUACAAAAUGGGGCUUUAUUAAUGAGUAAAGCCUCUCUUAAAAUAGAUGACUGAUUUAUUCAAAGGGAGUCUUACAUAUUUUCUUAUUCUGAGCAUUACAUUUGUUUUUUUAACUGCAUGUUUAUUGAUUGGGGGGACAAAACUGUGUGUUCUCAUAAAGACUGCCAAGAUUCCAAAGAACUCAAAGUCACCACUUCGGCAGAACUGAUGAUGAAGGUUGAAGAUGUAAGAUUUAAGGCUUUAAAACUGAAAUAGCAACGACAUCUAAAU